UUCGUGUUGGAUCAUCUCACCGAGUGCCGAGUGCCGUGUGUGUGUGGCGAGUGCACUGUGUGUGCACUGUACAUUAAUGUACAGAGUGCGGAUUGGGGAACCGAACACGAAUAGGAAGAAGGAACACGGUGCGAGUUAAAAAAAUGGCUGACAAUGCAUCGCCGUGCUGAAUUCCACGUAUUCUGACGUCUGGAUCUCUUGCUUCAGAUCACCUAAACAUGAAUGUGAUGAGCGGUUGUAAGGAUAAUGAAAAAAAUUCUCAUAAACAUUCUCAUGGCGCGGCCAUCAGUUGUGUUAGCUGCCAUCUUGGUGCUCUGCCUGAGCUCAGUGCUGGUGAGCUUCUACUACAUUCACUUCGACUCUCCACGCUCACCCUUCGAUGUCAUGAGGGAAAAUGGCCACAUGAAACUGGCUGGCAGAGUCAUUGGAGAUGACAGAGGGGGGGCAUUGCUGGCCUACCACCAUGGCUCAGAACAGAAUCCAUCUCAGGCUGUUCAAGUUGUUGAGCGAGGACCACCAGUGCUCAACGAUAUCGACAUCGCUUUCCACAUUGAGAAAAAGAAAGCCAGGCAGCAACAGCAGCAGCAGCAACAACAGCAGCAACACACCAAAGGGAAGCACAAAAGUUUGCUGAAAGAGAACAUGUGGCCCAGUCAUGAAAAGGUUCACAAACAGCGCAAGGCCAUCGUUCCCUUAGCCAUGCAGAUCUACAACAACCCGCAGCGCGAGAGGACAGACUGGAACGGAGAACGCUACAUUGUGUAUCUGUGUCACAGCAACCUGACCUGUGCUGGCUGGGGAGACAGACAACACGGUAUCUUCUCCGCCUACCUGCUCUCUCUGGUGACCAACAGGACCUUCAAGGUGGAGAUGGACGGCCCUUGCCCCCUGUACAAGCUGUACCACCAUCGGAUACUCAACUGGAGGGUCAACUCUACAGAGCUCCACGGCUUGUCCAGUACUCAUUUGUACGCGUUGAAUGACAGGAAGUUCCGAGAGUCGAUGAAAGUCAUUAAUUUCAAUGAGAUUUAUCCUCAGGACGUUGUGUAUCUCACAACUAACUAUGAUUACUUUUAUAAUCUGAAGGCAAAUCCACUUUAUCGAAGUAUUUUUAAACAGAAGGUGAAAGGUAGACCAAGGCCAAUCUUGUUUGCAGACUUGUGGCAGACCAUAUUUAAGAUGAACAAAAGAGUGGUUAGGAAAUAUAGCACAGCUCUCAAUAAUGCCUGGCCAACUAAGAAACACAAACUGGUGUGUGCUCAUAUCAGGUUUGGCCGCAAUCCCACAAUCCCAACAGAUGGCGAUAUACGCAAUACUCUGUCAACCAUCAAACCCUUGUGGAAAUAUUUGGAGAGGUACUCGAACCCAGACAGAUACAGACUCUUUGUCGCCAGCGACUGGCAGGGCUUUCGGGACAAAGUCAUAAGUAUGUAUCCAAAUGUCUCUCUCAAUAUUGAAGGGAAGAUUAUUCACAUUGAUAAAUGGAAGGAUCGUUCCAAGAGAGAAAACACGACUGACAGUGGCCCCCCUGACACAUGCGCAGGCUUUGAGAAAGUCAUCGCCGAUCAGCAUGUUUUGAGUAAGUGUGAUAUCCUCUUACUGACCUACAGUGUUUUUGGUAAGGCUGCUGCAUACCUGAGGCGAUCGAACCAUGAUUUAUUCUUGAUGGAGAAUGGUACCAUUAAACCUUUGAAGCUUUUUGAUGACAAUAAAUUCAAAAGUUUGCGUCAUUGAUGAGGUGGACAUAACAUUGGUAGUGACAGCAAUCGUGUGAAUGCUGGAACACCUUUUGUCUUAUAUUUGCAUUUUCUAAUCGCAGGUUGGUGCUAUUUGUUUUCCAUUAUUUUUUGUUUUUCUUGUACAUAAAUCUUUACCAGAAAUAUGUGGAUAUUGUAAAGAAUGCAGUUUCGGAUAAUUUGAAGUUGGGUUGUUUUUUUCAUUGAUAAUUAAUCAGUGGAUAGUGAACAUUUCAUGACAUACUGGGGCUCAUUUGAUGAUUUGAAAUUUAGUGGAAAAUAAUUGAUGAACAGCUUCAAUUGCUUUUUGUGCAUUUAGUUGUAGUAAAACAUUUGAAAAUAAAUACAAUUUCUCGCCUUCCUUUCUGCAUUAGGCUGAAUCUGAGGAGAGCUUUGCAAUGGCCAAUUUGUCUUUUGUAUUGUUUAAACGUUUAGAAAAACUUGAAUAUAAAAAAAUCAUAAUUUUCUUUUCGUAAAUAACUUUUGGACUUGAUCUCUUUUCUUGAAAGUGAAACGUUACUGAAGAUAUUAUAAUUUGUUCCCAUACAUAAGGAGGAAAAGUUGGGACCCUGCUGUAUACUUUUAUGUAAUGAUUUUUAAAGAACAUUUAAUCACCUCAAUGCAACCUUAAGGGCUUACACCCAAUUAUGCCUUCAAUUUUUCAAAAACAAAGCUCAUGGCUUCUUGUUAUCAUCUGUAUUAAACUUAUUUUGUCUUUCACUACAGAUUUUGGAAAAACCAUGUUGUGUUUCCUUGUGAAUUAUGUAAACCUAUGUGUUUUAUACUCUCUUUUAUUCUGAAGCAACAGUGUUUUCUUAUUAUGCUGUCACAUAUAAUAAUGUGCGCUCAUGUUAUGUAUUUUUAUCUCAAAUGUUUGAUUUCCAUUUGUUUUUCGCUUUCCCAAGUCACAAAUUUUGUGGUUUAUUAUCAUUGAAUUGUAGAUGCAUGUAUUUACUUGUAUUGGUCGAUUUUGUUGAACACCUCCAACAUUUUUUUAUCUUGUCGUGAGGACAGGGUGAAACUCCAUUUGUUUUUGUUUUUUUGUGGCGGGGGGUGGGAGGAAAAGUGGGUGGCCAGCCGUGUCAGUUUCCCUUUGGCUUUCCCAUGUUUGAGAACAAGUACACAUAGGUGAACAAGAUAGGCUGCUAGGCAGUAGGAGAGAGAUUGCGCUGAAUCUGUGUGAGAGAAAGGAUCUGUCUGUUCUAUGUUUCUUUGGGAAAAUUUUUAAUGAUGAUAUUGUCUGUCAGUUUUUGCCAGCAUUUUCCUGCUCCCUCCAUCUGUUGUAUUGGUACAACACAAACUGUUAAAAAGACUUCAGUUGCAGCCUGGCAUAUGGCAGUAUAAAUAUUCACCAGGUGCAAAGGAAACAUUGAAAGUUGCGUUUAAAUAAUAUUUAAGUUUUUACUGAAUUGUUUGUUUUUUUCUAAUGGCUUUGAUUCCGUUCCAUUCUUCAACACCCCCCCCCCAUUCUAUUUCUUUUUAUUAAUGUUGUCUUCAAAUGGCUAGAUUGAAAAGGCUUGUUUAACAGAAUGGUGUGCAAGCUAAUGAGACUGUGAUAAUUAGAUUCUAUUAAAUGAGUAAUUUUCUUAGCAUAACAGAGGGUCAAAACCUGUAAACGAAUUUGAAAGUCUGAAAGUGAUAACCCUGGCAAACAAUCAAACUCAUUCCACUGAAACUGUGCCAUGACGGGAGCUGAGAGUCCUGUGUAAACUAAUAGGCACUUUGCAUGGAAACAUGAUGUGUGUUUGUCAGACUGCUCAAACAUGAGAUAGUUCACAUUGCUUUGCUCUCUGCUCACUACUUAUUUUGUAGUAUUACAUUUGAAUGAUGGUGCCAAAAAAAAAAGAAAGAAAGAAUGCUGCGGAUAUAAUCCUUUUGUGGUUCACUUUGUGUUAAAAAAUGUUUUGUACUUGGUUUGGUAUACGGAGACUGCCCUUGAAAAAAAAGGCAACUUUGAGAUAUGAAUAUUCAUGUCAGUAAAAUUAAAAUUCUGAGGUGGAAUAUUAUUUCAAGUUUGGGGAACUUGUUCGUGAGUUGAAAACUUUUCUGCUCCUCUUCCAGUUCUAAUUUUUAAAAUUCUCUUGAAAUUAUAAUAAUUGCUUUCUUACUUCUUUACCUAAGCUGUUUGUAAAAAAAAAAAAGGUGCUGAACAUUAUCAUACCUAAGUCACUCUCCCAAAUUCUAUUUGUCAAGUAUAAGUAGUGACAAAUAAGUCAGUGGUAUAGCACUGUUAUCUGCAGAGGUUAGAACAAAA